CUCCGCGCAUGCGCACUCCGCCGCCCCCAGCGCAUCAUGGCCGCCGCCGGCCGUUGCUGAGGCGCCUCCGUCCCUUGUCGGUUCCCCACAUGGCGGGCGGCGAUGGGCUCCAUGGGCAGCCGGCUGCUGGGACGGCGGGGCGGGACAGCGGUCGGAGACGGGGCGGCCGGGGAAGGGGGGGAACGAGGGGGAGGAGGGAGGGGGCGGAGAGGAGGGAAGAGGAAACGGGGAGGGGGAGAAGGGCCCGGUGACAGCGAGAGCGACAGCGACAGCGACAGGGACGAGGCGGCGAACAGCGCCCCAAGAAGGAAGAAGCUGAAAAGCACCUCGGUGUACAUUUAUCAGACCCUGUUCCUCAACGGCGAGAACAGCGACAUCAAGAUCUGCGCCCUGGGAGAGGAGUGGAACUUACACAAAGUCUACCUGCGCCAGUCUGGAUACUUCUCCAGCAUGUUCAGCGGCUCCUGGAAGGAAUCCUGCAUGGACACCAUCGAGCUGGAGAUCCCCGACCAGAACAUUGACAUAGAGGCCCUGCAGGUGGCCUUUGGUUCUCUGUACCGGGACGAUGUGCUGAUAAAACCCGGCCGAGUGGUUGCGCUCCUGGCGGCCGCCUGCAUGUUACAGCUGGACGGGCUGAUCCUGCAGUGCGGGGAAACCAUGAAGGAAACCAUCAGUGCCAAAACAGUGUGCAGUUAUUACAGCUCAGCAGGGACGUACGGCUUGGAUUCAGUAAAGAAAAGGUGCCUCGAGUGGCUCCUGAACAACCUGAUGACUCACCAGAGUGUUGAUCUCUUUAAAGAACUCAGCAUAAACCUCAUGAAGCAGCUGAUCAGCUCUUCCAACCUCUUUGUGAUGCAAGUGGAGAUGGAUCUGUACACUGCUCUCAAGAAGUGGAUGUUCCUGCAGCUGGUGCCUUCCUGGAACGGGCCUCUGAAGCAGCUCUUAGCACAAGCUGAUGCCUGGUUUGCUGAGCGGAGGAGAGAGCUGGAUGGUGAUGCUGCGUUCCUGGACACGGAGCAGGGCGCUGCCUUCCGACCCGUGUUCUCACACCUGCGCCUGCAGUACAUCAUCAGUGACCUGGUGUCCGUGCGCAUCGUGGAGAGGGACGCUCUGAUCCCCCCAGAGUGGCUGCUCUCCGUGUACAAACAGCAGUGGUUCGCCAUGCUCCGAGUGGAACAGGACAACGACACCGGGCCCCAAGAAAUCAACAAGGAGGAGCUGGAGGGAAGCAGCAUGAGGUGCGGGCGGAAGCUGGCGCAGGACGGAGACUACUGCUGGCGUUGGACCGGCUUCAACUUCGGCUUCGACCUCCUGAUCACUUACACCAAUCGUUACAUCAUCUUCAAGAGGAACACGCUCAACCAGCCCUGCAGCGGCUCCGUCAGCCUGCAGCCCCGGCGCAGCAUCGCGUUCAGGUUACGCCUCGCCUCCUUUGACAGCAAUGGGAAAAUCAUCUGCAGCAGAACCACGGGGUAUCAGAUCCUGAGCCUGGAGAAGGACCAGGAGCAGGUGGUGAUGAACCUGGACAGCAGGCUGCUCGUCUUCCCCCUCUACAUCUGCUGCAACUUCCUCUAUACGUCACCGGAGAAGAGGACGGGCAGCACAGCGGGACCAGAGGGCACAGAUCAGCACUGAGGGGAUGGAUCAGCAUUGACAUGGAUCAGCAUUGAGAUGGAUCAGCACUGAGGGUAUGGAUAAGGAUUGAGGACAUGGAUCAACACUGAUAUCGAUAUGGAUCAGCAUUGAGGACAUGGAUCAGCAUUGAGGACAUGGAUCAGCAUUGAUAUCGAUAUGAUCAGCAUUGAUAUCGGUAUGGAUAAGGAUUGAGGACAUGGAGCAGCACUGAUAUCAAUAUGGAUCAGCAUUGAGGACAUGGAUCAGCAUUGAUAUUGACAUGGAUCAGCACUGAGGACAUGGAUCUCUGCUGUAACCCAGCUCCUCCAUGGGGGGGACCCGUUUCUCUUCUCACUCAGGACCGCUGUGAUCACUCAGUGCCUUUGGACCAGGCGCCUUCAUCCCUUUGCCGGCUUCAUUCUAUUGGCCUCGAUGGCUAUUUUAAAACCUGAGUUUCGGGAUGAAACGCUGCCCGUAAAGUGGCUUUUUUUAAUGUUAUCAAAAAAAAACCACCAAACAACCCCAAAUCUUUGGAGCUGCUGAUGAUGGGAGCGCGGGGUGAGGCUGCUCAGCACCCACGGGUGGGUGUGGGAGGGUCCCUGUUCAUCCCCCCCCCCCCAUUUCAGCCCAGGAGACAGAGCUCAGUUGGUUCCACGUUUAUUAUGGGGGAGCCGAGGAGUAAAACAGCAGCACGGCACCGAGAGGGAAACCGGUCCGAAAAGUACAAAAAUAAGGAAGCCUUUCCAGCUCUCUUAUCUAUCACAGCUCCAAAUAAAUAAGUGUAAACACGAGAGGAGAACA